CCCAGGCGCGCGCUGCGGGGACACCCGCAGGGCCCUCCCCCGCCCUUACCUGUGGGAACCUGCACGCGCCCCGGCGCCUCGGGGCGGGCCUGGCCCGCGGGGGCGGGCCCUGGAGGGGGUGGGGCCCGCGGUGAUUGGGCACGGGCGCGGGGCUGCGAGCCUGAGCCGGGCUGCAGGGCAGCGCUGGUUUCACUUCGCUCCGCACCGUCGCCGGGUCAGAGGCUCGUCGGAGCGCCGCCUUCCAACACCCCAGUCGUAGCCGCCGCCACCGGAUCUUUUACCCACCCUGCCAGCCCUGCCCCAUUUCGCGGCUAACACCUCUUCGGACUGCCUGCAUUGUCCCGAUCCCGUCGCCGCCGACUCGGCGCCUUUCCCUUGACCCACCUCCCCCCAAUGUCUGACUCUGAUUCUCGAACUGAGAAACGCAAGAAAAAAAGACCAAAUGGCCAAGCAACCUUCCGAUGUAUGUUCUGAGUGUGACCGAGAAGGGGGACAGUUGCAGCCCUCCGAGAGGCCACGCCAUCAGCUCCGGCCUGGGGCCCCUAGCUCCCUGCAGUCAGAACCAGAAGGUAAUCCGGAAGGCGACCGCUGUCCACACGGCAGCCCGCAGGGCCCGCUGGCCCCAGCGGCCAGCCCCAGCCCGUUUGCUACCAGAUCCCCGCUUUUCAUCUUUAUGAGAAGAUCCUCCCUGCUGUCUCGAUCCUCCAGUGGCUAUUUCUCUUUUGACACAGACAGGAGCCCGGCACCCAUGAGUUGUGACAAAUCAACACAAACCCCAAGUCCUCCUUGCCAGGCCUUCAACCACUAUCUCAGUGCAAUGGCUUCCAUGAGGCAGUCUCAGGCUGAACCUGCAGACAUGCGGCCGGAGAUGUGGAUCGCGCAGGAGUUGCGGCGUAUUGGAGACGAGUUUAACGCGUAUUACCCACGCAGGGUACUUUUGCAUAAUUACCAAGCAGUGGAAGAACAGCCCCAAAUGGUGAUCUUGCGACUGUUACGUUACAUCGUCCGCCUGGUGUGGAGGAUGCACUGACGGGGCCUGUGUAGAGCCGAGCUGUGACCGCCUGGGCCCAGCCCUGGCUCUUGCUGCCUGCCAGCCAGGGAGCAGGCGCAGGAGGACGCUGUGGGGAACAUGAUCUUGACUUCCCCGCUCGCCCAGUGGAAGAGCUGAUGGAGACGUGUUGUGAAUGUAAAUGAGGGCUGACUGCUUUUGUUUUGAUUUUUCUUAAUGUACAAAUCGUGGUUCUUUGGAGCAGGAUUUUAUGCAAGAAUGGUGUUUACAUGCGCUGUGUGAGUUUUUUUCCACCUCCUUUAAUAAGAACAGGUUUUUCAAAAAAGGAAAUGGAAACUUUGUAACCAACUCAUGAAUAAUUUUUGUACUAAAAUUUUAAGAACCUAUUGCCUACUCAGAGGAUUCUGUAAACCUGCAGUGGAAACUGAGCCAGCUAAUGUAUACAGCUGCCUUAGUUUAUUUUUAGAGAUUACUGUACAGAAUUGUUAAGCUGAGCAAGGUCUGACAGGUCCCCUUCCCUUCCUUGCCAUUUCCGCUUUGAUUUUUUUUUUUUUGUAAUUAUUGUUAAUACCUAAAGAAUUUGUAGGGACUGGGACGGAUGGAAGUGGCAGAGGGCCUGCUGUUGAUUGAUGAGCCACUCCUGUUUUGUAAAUAUCUGUUUACCUCUUGAAUGCAGUGGCACCCUGGCAAGCCUUCUGACCAUGCUUGCAGGUUUUACACGGUCUUCUUCCAGGAUGCCCCUCUGGGCCAGCUGUACUUGGGCACAUCUUGAUCCGGAGCCUCCCCAUGAUCAGGAGGAACUGAGGCACAGCAUGAGUUAACGCCUGUGCGUGUCGUACGCAGCUCAGGCCAUCUGUCCAGUACCUGGCUCGCCAGGUGGUCAUUGGGGCUGGUUUUCAUUUAGUCUUGAUGGGCAUAGCAUCGGGAGAUUGUUGAAAAACCAAGAACCAUGGCAACAGCUGACCCAGGAUCAGGGCCUUGGGCACUGUUGGCUUUCCCACUGCCACAGGUGCAGGCUCAGCAGCAGCCCCAGGCAUUCAGGUGGGUACCCUUCUGACCCUCAGCCAGGAGCUGAGAGGGAGGUAUCAAGGGUUUACGUCCAACCCAGGCUGCCUGGCCUGUGAUGCCUAACUGUCUACCCUAGCUCAUGUCGGUCUACUUGGAAAUCCAGGCUAAAUUUUCCACUCUCCCCAGCGGGUGGGAGCCUGAACUCUUUCUCUACUCCUCUGAGGUCAGCCCCUUCUAUCUCCACUCUGUGGGAGAUAUUCCAUCUGGGGGCCUGUCCCCUGGAAAGGCAGUGCACAGAGCACCCUCACGUGAGUUAGUCAUUCUAAAGCCAGACAGACCAACAACCAGGGAGACCCAAGAGACAGGCCAGGGAGCAGGGAAAGACUAGGAGGAUGUGUUGCACCUCUGACUUGUGUCAAUCAUGAAAUAACUUUUCCAAAGACCGGCACGAAAGGAAUCAGCUGUGCCAACAACGACUGCAUUGGCUUUUGCCCAGUGGUGGACUGGUAUUUUUACAUUCUUAUUAAAUUGAGGGAAAGAAAUCCAUUCCCUUGUGUUGUCACAGUUUUAUAAAUAUAUGUGUAUGUAUGUACAGCCUGUAUACUUUUUUCUUUUAGAUAGAGAUGAUUUUUUGAUUCCAAAAUGCUUUUUUUUUUAAAUUUUAUUUUCCUUUCCCCAGAAGCAUCCCUGGAGUUUGGGAGUUUCAGAAGCCAUGUGCAAGCACCAGUUGUUUCUUGAUGUGUUCUGAGGUUACUCAUGGGGUCACACACACAGCCUAUGGUUGCAGAAUUGCAGCUGCAGAUCUGCUGGGCGUCACACACCAAAGAUGUACUUGGUUCUGGACUCCCCCUCCCAAUCCCCACCCUGUUCCAUCCCCGGAUCUCCUUACCCACGUGCCAGUCUGUGACUGGAGCACUUUACUCUCUCCCUUCAGCUGCGUGACUCCCCCUCCUCCAGCCGGAGCACCUGCUAACAGGUGCUGGAGGCUCUGGUGGCCACUGUGAGUGUAUGCUGCAAGUGCAUGCUUCCUUCAGCCCAGCAGCACCCUCUCCCCGCCAGCCCCACCCAGGCUCCAGGCUGGCUGGGCAGUGUGCGGCUCCCCAGGUUGUACAAGUAUUAAGGAGUGGGCUGUGGACUGUGGGGCUUGGCAAGGGGCCCCCGCCCCCGUCUCUGUCUCAAUGCCUCUCAAGAGACACAGUAUCUUUCCUGGCUAGGCCUCUUUUAGCUUUUGUUGCUGUUGUUGGUUUUUUAAUUUUUAUAAAAAAAAAAUCCCUUUUUGGAUACAUAAAGCGGGUUUUGUGCCUUGACAACCUCUCCUCGUGUGAGGCUUGUAAAAAGUGUCCUGUGACUUUGCACCAAGAUGCAAUAAACACACACACACACACACACACACACACACACAGGGACUUCAUAAGGGAUUCUAGAUUUCCUUCCCAGAAAAAGUUGAUUUAAGAAUUUUUAGUAGGGGGGAGGGAUUAGGAUGGGGAAUUAUGAAAACAUUUUUUAAGACCAUCUUGUGAUUUGGAGAGAAAAAAAUGCAAUGGAAUACAAUUUUCUUCUCUUUUCCCUUCUUAAUAUUGUAUAUAUUUUGACUAUUUAUUAGCUUAGGAAUUCAGAUUUUUUUACUUACCAACUGAGCCAGAUGUUCGUGUGCAAUUGUGUUUCCUUUACCUUUCUUGUAAAAUUUUGUACAUUAUCAAUGAGUAACGAAAAAAAAAAAUCACUGUUUUUCUAAACUUUUUAGAAUCAAGGACUGUAAAUAUUUGUAGAUUUCUUUUUUUUCUGUGUAAUGUGUCCUACUGUUUCAUAAUGCUGUAACUUGUAGAAACAUUGUAUAUUUAUUUUCUGCUUAUUUAAUGUCUUAGGUUCUUGAACGUGUAGACAUCCCUGUCCCCUCCUAGGCCCCCUGCUACUCCACGGACUGCCUUCCCCCUCCAGGUGUGGGGUGGCGACCGGCCCUGCAGCUUGGGUCCCUGCUGUGAACGGUCCAAUAGGUUUCAGUUCUUGGACUCUCCUGCCCUUCGCUUGUAUGUAGAUGCCAAUGAGGUAAACACAAAUCCUGCUGGCUACCAAAUUCCGCUUCGAGAAAUG